ACGCACAUCUUCAGCACUUUUUCACACUCAUUGCACCCGUGCACACGGACUGAAGCAAAUGGCAGCCAAUACGGGACAAAUGGGCUACCUGCCGAGCGGAGGUUCUAUAUUCUGCACCAUACCAGACAUCCUCUACCUGCCAGAACUUCUCUUUGGAGGUGUGGUAUGGUGCCUUAUUGCAUCUACAUAUAUCUGGAGUCACAACCCCACCGCAUAUGUGAUUACCGUGUCACUUUUCUGUUUUGUCAUGACCUUCCUCUGGAUGAUGAUAUUUGCCUGUGGGUCACAUCGUAACAAAAGCUCUUGGGCAACUGCGGAUGUAGCAUACCAUGCUUUUGCGGCUCUUCUGUAUCUCAGUGCUUCUGUUCUUCUAGCUUAUGUAACAAUUUUACUUCGAGCGUUGACUACAUUCGAUAAUGGCUUAUUUCUUUAUUACAAGCUGGACAUAGCUGCUGUGGUGUUUUCUUUUUUCACCACUUUGCUCUAUGUCAUCCAUACAAUUUUCUCAGCCAUCAGAUGGAGAUCUUUCUAAAAGGGAUCAAGUAAUUUAUCACCUAAUCUCAUAACACUUGUUUUAGACACUGCAGUGGCCCUUUAAAGAAUGUUAUGUUUAUGUUUGCACUAGUUUAACUUGCAAACAGAUUUUAUGUUACCCUUCCUGUCAAAACUCAGCUAAAGUCAUUUUUGUGAUCUACUGUUUUCAACAUAAAAUCAUCCUACAUAAUAUACAAAUAUGGCCUUAAUAUCAUCAGUACUGACUGACUAAGGCCAUGACAAAGAUAGAAAUCAUAGUGAAGUGAAACUUUGACGUUUGUUAUCUUACACUCCAAAAAGUGCUGGGUUGUUUUGACCUAUGCUGGGUACAUAUUAGACAGAUCACACUGAUAGGUUUUAUCAGUGAUUUUAGAGUGUAUUAUAGAUUUUAUGAUUUCACUGACAGGACCCCAUAUUUAGCGUCAAUGUAUCCGCAGUUGAUCAUGUGAUAUAGUUGACUGUCCAGUCCAGUCCUCUCAUCUCAUCUCAUAUGUACAAAUUAUGUAUUCUUUUUAAAAGAAUGCACCUUUUGGGAGCAUUUCGUAUUCUUACAAGUAUAAAUUGUAUUUAAUUUUGUUUUAUCGAAUAAAAAAUAAAUUAUUACUGGU